AUGUUUCCGAUCUACUCCGCGUUAUUGGCCUUUUUGCCGCUAAUCCUAGCUGUCGAGGACUGUGUCAAAUCGGCUAGGGAAGACAGAUGUAGUGAGAUUUUCCAGGACAUUGAACUAUGUAAUGAGGAAUCCUAUCGGCCACAGUUAAUGGAUUGUCUAGUAACAUGUGGAAAAUGUAGCGCAUUUUCAUGUAAUAAUCCACAACCGGAUGCAUUUUUUAAUUGUACCGCGUUGGCUUCACAAUGUAAUUCAACCGUAUGGGAACAUUUUAUGAAGGAAAAAUGUCCUUCUACAUGUGGAAAAUGUGACAUAAAAAAUGCGAAUCUUUGUAAGGAUGCUAGCGAUAGUGUGAUGUGUUCAACAAUGGUGCAAUUUUGCAAUUCUCUCGACUUCUAUGAUCAAAUGUCUGAACAGUGCGCUUCGACGUGCAAUCGAUGCCCUAAUCCCGGGGAUAGCGUUUCCAAGACCUGUAAGGACCUCGCUCAUGACUGUCGUUCGAGAAUUUCGCUAUGCGACCAUCCGAAAUACGAUGGUUUAAUGCGACGAGCUUGUGCGAAAACGUGCAACAAAUGUGGAACAUGUUACGAUGCAACUGAUCGAUGUCAACAAUGGGCUGCUCGUGGUUUUUGCAACAAUUACGAGUACACACACAAUCUUCGAAUGAAACUUUGCGCUAAAACGUGCAAAUUAUGCUGA